UAAUUACUCUUCAUUCCUUCUUUCUGGGCAGUUCUAGGGCUCUUCCUACUCUGCAAUACUUGUUAUAAAACCCCACCGUUGUACUGCGUUAUUCUGGUCUUUACAAAGUCUCAUAUAGCAGCACAGUUCAUUGCACUGAGCUUUAAGCAGUAACUGAAAGAAGCAGAGGUGAACUGAAGAAUGAGAAGUUGCUUUCUUCUUCUCUAUCUGACUCUAGCGAUUAUUUCUCUCACUCAUUGUGAUGCAGAGAGAUCGAUGAGAAUAUCAAAAGGUACAAAACAUGGGAGAAUUCUGACACACAAGCACAUGAAGAAGUUAAGAAUGGCGGUCAAGCAUUUUGAUCUUUCUUCUUUUGAGUUUUCAAAUGCACAGAGUGUUGACUCAUCAUCUCCUUUACCACCUUAUGAAUCUCUGGCUCCUAUUCCUUUGCCACAAAAUAGCCCACCGUUUUGUUAUCCUCCCCCACCUCCGAUGGGCCUUCAAUUACCACCUCCAGGCCCACCUGGGUCUCUUUCCACACCAACCCCACAAAGUAUCCCAAACUCGCCCGGCAUGGGUUCACCAUUACAGAAUCCUCCAAUUAUUAUCCCAGGCCCACCAGGUAAUAUUCCGCCCUCACCUGGGUCCACAUCAGGCCCACCAAAUACUAUCCCAUCCCCAGGUGGAGGCACCGGUCCAGGCUCGCCUGAAAUACAAAAUCCUCCCAUUGUGCUCCCAAGCCCUUCUGGAUCUACGACGAGCCCACCAGGUGCUAUCCCAUCCCCGAGUGGAGGCACUGGGCCCGGCUCGCCUGAAACACAAAAUCCUCCGAUCAUUCUCCCAAGCCCUCCUGGAUCUACAACAAACCCACCAAGUACUAUUCCAUCUCCGGGUGGAGGAACUGGGCAAAAUCCACCUACAACGAACCCACCAAAUGCAAUUCCACCUCCAAAUGAAGGUAAUGUUCCAGGCUCCCCAGAACCAAUACAAAAUCCUCCAAUUAUUCUUCCAGGCCCGCCCGGGUCAACCAUGAGCCCGCCCGGUACAAACCCAUCUCCCGGUGGUGGCGGCGGCGGAGGAGGCAGUGUUCCCAGCCCAACAGUGUUUGAGCCUCCUGUAGUGUAUCCGCCACCUUCAGUGCCUCCCCCUCCCAGGCGGAUGGCCCCAAGUGGAGCCCUAUGGUGUGUGGCUAAGCCAUCAGUCCCGGACCCAAUAAUGGAAGAUGCUAUGAACUAUGCCUGUGGGACAGGAGCAGAUUGUGAUCCCAUUCGGCCCAAUGGGCCUUGCUUUGAGCCCGACACUGUUAUUGCACAUACUUCAUUUGCCUUCAAUAGUUUCUGGCAAAAUUCCAAGGCUGCCGGUGGGAAAUGCGACUUUGGAGGCACUGGCAUGCUCGUUUCAGAGGACCCAAGCUACGAUGGAUGCCAGUUUGUCUACAGAUAAUUGAGAGAUUCUUUAUGCAACUUUUGGAGUCUGCCAUAAAACAACAACGAACACACCAGUUUCUUUUUCCUUCAUUUUUCAUAUAAUCUUUAUUUGGGAAAUAAGAUAUUUUUGUCAGCUUUAAUUUUCUAUUACUUUGGAAUUUGAAAGGGAAAAAUUACACCUAGAUUUUUUUUGUAAGUAGUGCAGGAUUAAUGGCUUAAUGUCAUUGAUUAAUUUGUGGUCUUUUCAUUUGUAAGUAUUGUAGGAUUGGGCAUCAUUAAAUGGAAGUUACUAAAUAGAAGGUGGAUGUGUAGAGGGCAUCGGAAUAAUAUUGAAACGUAAAACUAUAUAUGGUUUCAACAUGAUUUAA